CAGCGAAGUCGCGUUUCCUGUCAGCCGUUGUUGGAGAUCAAAUUCGCUUUUUCAGAAAAAGCUGAUGGUCCUCUCCAAAUUUUGGUUAUUCUUUUCUGUUUGCCUCACGGAAGAACAACAGUAAUUAGCUGCUUUUCAAACUAUGCUCACGACACCGUAAAAAGUGUCCAGAUGUGUUAGACUAUCCAGGUGAAAAUGAACAUGCAUGGUGCCAGUGGAGGCUGUGACCGAUCCAGAGAUCGACGUCGCUCCAGCGAUCGCUCUCGGGACUCCUCACACGAGCGUGGCGAAGGCCAGCUCACACCCUGUAUUCGCAACGUGACCUCACCCACACGCCAACACAACAGCGAUCGAGAGGGCGGCUCCUCGCGGCCCAGCAGCCCCAGGCCUCAGAGGAUCUCUCCCAGCAGCAGCAGCAGUGGGGUGGCCAGCAGCCGCAACAGCAGCUUGUCCAGCUCGGAGGGCACAUACAAGAGCAUGGUUCCCAGUGAGAUGGUCUUCGUCUACGAGAAUGUCAAAGAUGGAGCCCGCAGCGUCCGCACAUCAGAGAAGGUCACGCUUAUUGUGGACAACACUCGCUUCGUGGUGGACCCCUCGAUCUUCACAGCACAGCCCAACACCAUGCUGGGCAGGUUAGGAGCAGACCGAUCGUCUGUCUUGACCUUCACAUCAAUUAAAAAAAUGUUUGGCUCUGGACGGGAACACAAUUUCACCCGGCCCAAUGAGAAAGGAGAAUAUGAUGUGGCAGAGGGCAUCAGCUCCACUGUGUUUAGAGCCAUUCUGGAUUUCUAUAAAUCUGGGAUAAUCCGUUGUCCUGAUGGAAUCUCCAUUCCCGAGCUGAGGGAAGCGUGCGACUAUCUGUGCAUCUCUUUUGACUACAGUACUAUCAAGUGCCGAGACCUGAGUGCCCUGAUGCAUGAACUGUCCAAUGACGGCGCUCGGCGGCAGUUUGAGUUUUAUCUGGAGGAGAUGGUGCUUCCUCUGAUGGUGGCAAGCGCUCAGAGCGGAGAGAGGGAGUGUCACAUAGUUGUGCUCACAGACGAUGACGUGGUGGACUGGGACGAGGAGUACCCACCUCAGAUGGGAGAGGAGUAUUCACAAAUUAUCUACAGUACAAAACUGUAUCGUUUCUUCAAGUACAUUGAAAACCGUGAUGUAGCCAAAUCAGUUUUAAAAGAUAGAGGACUGAAGAAAAUCCGACUUGGUAUCGAAGGUUAUCCAACAUACAAAGAGAAAGUGAAAAAGCGCCCCGGCGGCCGACCUGAAGUCAUUUACAACUACGUGCAGAGACCCUUCAUCCGCAUGUCCUGGGAGAAGGAGGAAGGCAAGAGUAGACACGUGGACUUCCAGUGCGUGAAGAGCAAGUCCAUCACGAACCUGGCAGCGGCCGCGGCAGACAUUCCCCAGGACCAGCUUGUGGUGAUGAACCCUGGACCACAAGUAGAUGAACUGGACAUUCUUCCCAACCGACCUCCUCCCGGCCACCACUACAGCAACAACUUCAACAACGAGCCUGACCCCGACGCCCCCUCGCCUGCCGUCUGAGAGCAGACGCCCCUUCACAGCAUGCUGGAGCAUGAACCAGAGUGACACUAUAACCAGAUUGCCUUCUGCACCUCCUCCACAGCCUUAGAGCCUCAACUGUCUAGUUACUGUUUUUAAAAAGAAAAAAAAAACAUCAUCAUGGACUUGGGAUACUGGCGUGGGCAGUGCUCUCCUGUUCCAUCUUCGCUGUUUUUUUUUUUGUUUUUUUUUGUUUUUUUGUUUUUUUUUACUUGACCAAAGGAAAUUUAUUUUUGUUUGUUUGAAGUUAGCAACCCUGCUUAUUUUGUAAUUGGGCCUGUGAUUAUAAUUAUAACUAUUGUUCUUUUCCAUUUUACUGUAUUAUUACUACAGUGGGUUUAAUUAUUGUAAUUUUGAUGCAUUUGGGUUUGGUGCCACUUCUUUUAAAAAAAAGCUCUCCCCUUGAUCUCAAACUCCUGUCUCCUCAGGAGGUCCAUUUGCCUGGUGAAUGAAUGCGGUUUUUCUUUGAAAAACAUUAAUUCAUCUGCUCAAGAUCUGU